AUGAUUGACAACGUUAAUAGCGGCAUGGUCUGGAGUUGGGCGGAGUUCUUCUUGACCCUCCUGACCUUCUUAGCCUCGCGCAUCAGGAGAUGUUUGCGUGAUGCCAGGGCCUGGAAAUCCAUAUCAGGUCUGGUCGGCGAGCUGUCCGGAACCGACAACCAAUGGGUGCCCGACUCUGCAAUCCAUCAGGGAGACGACCCACCGCCUCCAUGGUCUGGCUUUUCGAGCCACCUUCGGAAAAGCUCCCGACCACAGUCUGUAUUGGCAUAUGCAGCAACGUUGGCACGGCAGCAAGCCACCUUGGUCGAAUGCGUCGAGACUCUAUACCGUCGCCUCAGGGUAGAAAAUGAGUCUAGAGUCCUGGCAUUGAGACCCGGGGGUGCUGAACCCAACGUGAACGAUAUAAUGCUCUCCCUCGGCUUGGAUCCUCUUGACUUGGCCGAAUUCGAUAGCGAAGAUAGCAUCAACAAUUCCAAGUCGCAAGAAUCGCCUUCUGCCUCCAGUUCGUCACCUACCAUGACAGACACAUCACCCGUGCAGGACCACGUGGAGCUGCAAGAUACCCCAGGUUUCAGACAGGCUUCCAUUUUUGCGUCUGACUCCAGUCGGCAGCAAUCCGCUCAAUCAGCCCGCACCAUGGACCGAGGAGACGCUCCGUGGGCGAAUGGGGCUCAGUAUUGUGACACGCCGCUUCCCGAUGAUGACAUGUUCGGGAUGCCUUCAUUCGCCGGCGACCUUACACCAAGGGCCCUGAACCCCUGGACAUGCGCAACAACAUACGACACAGCAUCUUACCAGUACACCAAUGACAUGUUCGACAAUCCUCUAGGCUGGAGCAAUUGA